UAAGAAUCCUGGUCAAGAAAAUGUGUGUUAGUACCAGAAAAAACUCGGACCUGCGGUCGCUACAAGGAAGUAUGAUUGCUUAAAAGUUAUCAAAGAACAAGGAACCAUCAUCCCUCUCACAGUUGGUAACAGGGAACCCUUCAUCCCUCCAGUAAUUUCCAGUGUUUAAGUGUUGAAACAGAAUGGAGUCCUUACUCGUUCUUUUGAUUUUAUUUGAGGCUGCUGUACCCGGCCCUGUCAAAUUAUGUGAAAAAGAGUAUGACUGCCCAAAAGAUUACCAAGAAGUCUUUGCGAGCCCCAUUGCUGAGAUUCCUAAAUCCAUAAAACCAAAAACCACAGAGCUCUUCUUUGUGCAAACAGAAAUAUCAACAAUAAGAAAAGAUGCUUUCAAAUACAUGAGUCAACUGCAAAAAAUAGCAUUCAUUAACAACAAAAUUGCGUCAAUUGAGGAUGGUGCAUUUGACAGUUUGUCCAAUCUCACUGAACUAGAGAUAUCUGGAAAUGCUGAUUUGAAGCAGCUAUUGAGUGGAGUAUUUAAAAACCUUGGGAGUCUGAAAAAGCUGAUAUUGAAAAAUAAUAAGAUCAGUAUGAUUGAACAAGGUAUAUUUGACAGCUUGGACAAUUUAGAAGAACUAUAUUUAAAUGUUAAUGAACUGCCGUCAUUGCCUCAAGAUCCGUUCAACAAUCUUGUUAACCUUACAAUGUUACAUCUAGCAAAAAAUAAUUUGACGACUUUACCUGAAGACAUAUUUUCCAAACUGACUAAACUAAAAGUCCUUCGGCUCUAUGAAAAUUAUCUCACUGAACUUCCACUAGGUUUGGUGGACAGUAACCACGAACUCAUUGAAUUCAGUGUCUCAAGGAACAAGAUAGAGCAAUGGCCCCAAAACUUUUUGGCCAAAUCAAAAAAUCUUGAAAAACUUUACUUGGAUGGCAACCUAAUAGAAGAACUUCCAGAUAAUACAUUUUUUGGUCUUAAUAAGAUUAAACAACUCAAAAUAAACUCAAAUAAACUCCAGAAGCUUCCACGUCAAAUAACUGAUAGCAUGCCCAUAACCGAACUUGAUUUGAGCAAAAACAACUUGACAAUUAUUCCACAUGAAGCAUUUAGUAACUUUAAAUUGCUAAGAAAAUUAAUUUUUUCUUCCAAUCAAAUAAAUGCUUUAACAAAGGAAAUGUUUAAAGGUCUAGACAAGUUAACGGAGCUUAAUUUACAAAAGAAUUUACUUAGUAGCUUACAAGAUGAUGUGUUCUCUUUCCUUCCAACGUUAAGGACACUGAGACUUAAUGAAAAUCAAUUCACCAACUUUCCAGUGCCUUCUAUUGACUCAAUUCCCAAACUGACUGGUGUGUACUUAGGUGGUAAUCCUUGGGCUUGUGAUUGUAAUAUGCAAAGUUUUCAUGACUGGAUAAUGAAUUAUCAAGCAAAAGUCAAAGAUGCUGAUAACAUACUUUGUGUGUCACCUGCUUAUCAUAAUGGAAUCAAAAUAACAAUUUUGAAGCCAGAUGAAUUAAUAUGCCCAACAACUGUAAUAACAACAACAACACAAAUUACCACAGUUCAAAUUUCCACAGUAGGAGCCAUUGUCACAACUCACCCAACUACCAAGCAACUGACAACAACUCCCCAGGUUACUACACAACCCAUUGUAACAACUCACACCCCUACAACACUGAAAACUACAGCUCCUUUCACACUUCUUCCAACUACAACUCAAGAAAUUACAACUACCACCAUAACAACAAUGAAGCCUACAACACCAUCUGUAACAACACUACCGCAAACCACAACCAAAGAAGUUACAACAGUACAAAGUACAACAACAAUGGCAACCACAGACAUGACAUCUACAGAGCCUACAACUAUACAAAUCACAACACCGCAAAAAACAACUCUUGCUCAGACUACUACUAAAGAGCCUACUACUAUACAAAUCACAACACCAGAAGCAACAACUCUUCUUCAGACUACUACUGAAGAGUCUACCACUAUACAAAUUACAACACCACAGGAAACAACUCUCGCUCAGACUACUACUGAAGAGUCUACCACUAUACAAAUUACAACACCACAGGAAACAACUCUAGCUCAGACUACUACUGAAGAGUCUACCACUAUACAAAUUACAACACCACAGGAAACAACUCUCGCUCAGACUACUACUGAAGAGUCUACCACUAUACAAAUUACAACACCACAGGAAACAACUCUCGCUCAGACUACUACUGAAGAGUCUACCACUAUACAAAUUACAACACCACAGGAAACAACUCUCGCUCAGACUACUACUGAAGAGCCAACGACCGUACAACAGACAACUCUAGCCCUAAAAACAACACUUUCAGAAACUACAACAGCUGGCAUGACAACAUUUGGAGAAUCUACAACAGCUUUGAGAACUACUUUACAUACCACAAUACAAUCUACAGAGAACCCUUUAACUACAAUGUAUACUUCAGAGCCCAGCACAGCUUUCACCACAUUAUUUACAACUGUGGGAGGUACAACAGAGAUGUCCUCUACAGAAGCAUCAACUACAUGCACAUCAACAGCUGUAAUCACUAGCAAAUUAACUACAACAGAACUAUCAUCAACAGUGAUAUCAACAACGCACUUGACAACAUCACCUGCAACAACUGCAUUUUUUGCUACAUCAUCUACUACAUUCCUGCCAUCAACAACAGUGAUAGACAAUGCCACCAUGCCUUCAACCAUAACAUUACAUUCUAAAGACAGUGAUUUUCUUCUUGGAGAUAAAAUACACCACUGCAAGUUUUUAUUUAUUUCCUAUUUAACCCUUUUGUGUAUUGAAAUUUUUUCUACAUUGUUUUUAAUAACAUUUGCUUACAGGUUGCACAAGUCUAUACGCAGUGUAAAGAUACCAGUACAUCCUGUUAGGUUGGUCAACAUGCAUAAAAAAAAGGACAAAACAUAAGUUCAGAUUUACUUUCCUAGUUAAAAUCUUGUUACCAUUAACGAUUGUUAAGUUUCAAGAAACAUUUACAGUAUAACCUAAAUAUGUUGAUAAUUCAAUACCAGUUGGAAUGGCAGAUGAGGUACUGAGAUCCACUUUGCACAUGUAGGAUGCACAAAGAAGAUAGGGUCAUUUAACAAAAGUUUUACCAGAAUCAUUGACAUCAACAUGAGGUACAGCUGCAUAAUGGAUUCCUGCUAUGUAUGUUGUUGCCGGGUGUAGUUAGACUAUAUUGAUUCCCUUUAUACUUAGUAAAGCACCAGGGUGGUGGAUCCCGGAUGCAUCUAUCCACUGAAGACAACACUCUCCUGGUAGGCCCUGCUGAAAGCCCAAUGGCUUUGUGUGGCCUGUACACUGAAUGCAAAGUUUGUGUCAGUGAAGCCCACACUUUUUCAAAGCUCUUCACGCUCCAACCCCUCCCAUAUAAUCUAGUAAUAUAUUCCUGGCCUCAGUGGCGCAUAGCAGCCAUUUUUGUUGAUGAUUGCUAAACUUCCUCCUCCAGGGUGCAGAGCAGCUACUGCUUUUUAUUGUGCUGAGCAUAUGUAUACUUUUCAACCUCCUCCUCCUCAAAGGCACAAAGCAGCCGACUUCAUUUUAUUUACUUUUAUUUCUUCCUCCUCAUGCAAGCAUAGCAGUCAUUAUUCUGCUGUUCAUUGUUCUGCUGUGAGGUGAUUACUUCUGGGCAUUACUUGAAGAUCCAUGGUGUGUUGGUGACAGAGGCGUAACUAGAACCUUCAGGGCCCCGGUGCAAGAAACCAUGAAGGCCCCCCCCCCCUGGCCUCUGGCCAGAGCCCAUCCCACUGAUCACGGGGGUAGCAGGACCUGCAUAGGAGGGGCGGUGGGGGCAGCAUAUGGAGGAGCAAAUCCCCUCCAUUUUCCUCCUGCAGCCACUGAAUGCCUAUGAGAGGGAUAGGAGGAAAAGCAGGCUUUUAGCGGCUGCAGGAGAAAAAUAGUGGGGAUUUGUUCCUCUAUAUGCCCCCCAUCCAGGUGUACAGGGGCAACAUGUGUGACAUUGCAAUUGUGACCCCUGUAGUUAUGCCCCUGGGAUGAGUGGCAAGGGUGGUGGUUGGGGGGCAUUGGAUGAAAUGAGUGGCAGCGGUGGUGGGAGGAUGGGAUCAAUG